CCUUCAUCCCCUUUGCUCUCUCAAUCUCUCUCUCUCUCUCUCUCUCUCAGUUUUAAUUUUCAUUUUGACAUGGCAAUGCUGAAUAUGGGUGAAAAUGGAGUUGGGUUUCAGUGUGAGGUACCUGAUCAUCAGAAUAAUCAUGAGUUCACUGCCUCCGAAAUCGAAGAGCUCUUGUCACUCUUUCUAGCCAAUAACGAUGGCCCCCCAAGUCCAGGUUCCGAUUCACAGGGCUCGAUGCGAACCUCAGUAACUAAUUGUUCAACCAAUGAUGAUGAGAGGAAGCUGCGGCGGAUGAUAUCAAACCGGGAGUCGGCCCGGAGAUCGCGGUGGAGGAAGAAGAGACAUUUGGAAGAUCUAACUAGUGAGGUGAACCGGUUGAUGAUGCAGAACCGGGAAUUGAAGGAGCGGCUAGGGCGGGUUCUGAACAGCCGUCAUAUGGUUAUGAGAGAAAACGAUUGGUUGUGGAUGGAGUCUAUGGGUCUUCGGGCCAGGCUUUCGGAUCUUUGCCGGAUCUUGGCCGUCAUGCAAUAGCCUUCAAAGAAGUUUACGUAAAAGUAAAAACAGAAAAGGAAAAAAUAUAUAUAAAUAUCUGCAUAGCACUGAGUUUUAAUAAUUGAAAAAGAAGAAAAAAAAGUUAGUACACUCUCCUGUAUGUAUCAUAAGCAUUGGAAGUGAAAAAAUAUCGAGUUCUUUUUGGUUCUUCCCUCUCUUUCAA